GCGUAAAUAUUUAUAUCAUGAGCGGCGCUUCGGCGGUCGGCCAGCUUCGCACAGCUUCGGAUGGUACUGGCAGUACUGGCUACUGGUGGUAGAAAUGGUAGAAUUGGUAGAAGAGAGCUUAGAAGCUUAGAGAGCGGGUAGCUCCAAGAUGGAAUUAGUGGAAAUGGUGUCCAUGGAAAUGAAAUCCACCAUAGUAUUGGUGAGGGGUAUGAUAAGAGUGUGGUAAAUAAUCAAGUACGCGAGUGAUUCGAUUCAGUGCCACUUAAAAGAUCACAACUUAUCCAUAUGUCAACAUGGAAGAAAAAUCGAUUACGAGAAAGAGACUCGAUUACAACAACAAACUCAUCCUAGCGCCUAUGGUGCGUAUCGGAACACUUCCCAUGCGUUUGCUCGCCUUAGACUAUGGCGCGGAUAUAGUAUACACUGAGGAAUUAAUUGACAGAAAACUACUUCGUUCGAUUCGUCGAGAGAAUGAUGUCUUAGGCACUGUUGAUUAUAUCGAUAAGACAGAUGGUACUGUGGUGUUUCGUACUUGUUCUCGGGAACGAGAACAUGUUGUUCUUCAAAUUGGUACAUCUGAUCCAGCAAGAGCGGCUCAAGUCGCUCGUAUGGUGGAAAAUGAUGUUGCAGGCAUAGACAUUAAUAUGGGUUGUCCAAAGAAAUUUUCGAUACUCGGAGGAAUGGGUGCAUCUCUUCUUCGCGAACCACAGAAAGCGAUCGAUAUUUUACGGAAACUGAUUGAGACAGUAACUAUACCAAUUACUUGCAAAAUACGCAUUUUGCCUGAUCUCGAGGAAACUCUUCUACUUUGCGAUACUCUUGCCUCCACUGGUAUCGCAGCUAUUGCUGUCCAUGGUCGUACUAUUGAGGAAAGACCACAACAUCCUAAUCGUAACCAUGUUCUCAAACAAAUCUCUGCUAGACUUUCGAUACCAGUUAUUGCCAAUGGUGGAUCUAAAGAUAUUCAAAAACAUUCCGAUAUAUUUAGAUUUAAAAAAGAAACAGGUUGUAGUAGCGUAAUGCUUGCUCGCGCCGCUGAGUGGAAUUGCUCAGUAUUUCGUAAAGAAGGUUUUCUUCCAAUGGAAAAUGUUAUAAAGUCGUAUUUAAAGCAUGCAAUUAAUUGCGACAAUUCACCUUCUAAUACAAAAUAUUGCAUACAGAAUAUUCUACGGGAACUUCAGGAAUCUCCUCUAGGCAGAAGAUUUCUCAAUGCACAAACAUUGGAACAAAUAUGUCAAGUGUGGAGAUUAGAUGAUUAUUGCCGAUCCAAAAGUGAAGAAUUUCAGGCUAAAGGUUUAUUAGGUCGUUUUCAAGUAAUGCCGGGAAUUCUCGAUAAAGAUAACAAUAGUAUUUCUCAUAAAAGAAAAAUUCAUGAAGAAGAAGAUGUUUCUCUAAUGCGCUGUGCUUUUUUGAGAAACAGUUAUAUAACAGAUUCGGAACUGCCAAAGACUAGAUUACUUAAAUGGACUAAGGAAAAUCGUAAGAAAAUGCCAGUAUAUAAUACUCGGCAGGAGAGUAAACUCUUUUGUUCCGUUGUUACUGUUGAUGGCAGAAAAUAUGGCUCCUCUUUCUGGGAAAAAAACAAAAAAUGGGCCGAACAAGGUGCUGCUCUGGUAUGUCUCUAUUUUUUAGGAAUUAUCGAUGAGAAAAGUCUUACCACUUGUAACAUUCUUUUAUAGUAAUAUUUGCUUUGUUCUUUUUAUUUAUUGUACAAUAAAAUUUCUAUAUAGUAAAAUUUUGCUUCGUAAUAUUGACUGUAGGGAUGCAAUAGAUAAUGAUUGAUAGAUGAGAAUGAUUUGUCGGAUACUGAAUAUGCAAUGAAUAAUGAUUGAAAACAAAACUUGAAAAUUUUAAGAAAAAUCGGCAUCUGACAUUUCGGACGGUUUACGUAUUAGAACAUUAAAGCUCAAUCUACAAUUGGGUAAACGUUACGAACUGCCACUAUAAAAACUUGCGGUUGAAAAAUGGCUCAACUUUAUCUUUCACGGCUACGAUUGUAAAACGUAAGAGAUCAGAGCCAAUCAGGGAGCUACCAUGUGUCUGUGCCAUUGGCUGCGUUCAGUGGACUAACAGUUGAGCGCUCGUUGCUAUUGAUGUAUUCUUCCAGAUCUAAAAUGCUGAUUGGAUUUAAAAGAUAAUCAAUAACAGCGAGCGCUCAUUCAACUGUUGAGUCCGCUGAACGCAAUCAUUAUGUGUCGUUAAUUUUAAAUUAAGGCAUAUAAUAAAUUUAUAAAUUUGAUUUUAUAAUAUGUAUAAUAGCAAAAGAUGAAGCUAGAAUGAUAGAAAUAACGCUAAUAGCAUUAUCUCUCCCACUCUCUCCGAACGUAACCUUUAUGCUAACCAUCAUGGCAAACAAUCGAUACUGCUGUUAUCAAAAUUGUAUUCUGAUUGGUCAUAAUCUUACUAGGGCUGCGUUCGGAAACAUCACCCGAGUGUCCCUGUAUAUCGUUUUAUCCUUAUUAUUCAAUGUUAAAUAAGAAUAAAGCCUGCGGCACACGAUGCUUGUUUUCUUACUGGAUUGUUAGCUGGAUGAUAGCUGUCAAUACUAGCAUCGCAGCUAAUAUGGUGGCAAGAUUCUAAUCCAACAGGAAAACAAGCAUCGUGUGCCACAAGCUUAAUAUGAUACACGGGGUCACUCGGAUGAUGUUUCCGAACAUAGCCUAAUUACGACAUAUCGGGUCAACGCGAUGCUACAAAUGCUUUGAAGUGUUUUUUAAUUGAUUAGUUUAUAAAAUUCUUUCUUCUAAUUAGUCCAUCAAAUGCUUUAAAGCAUUUGUAGCGAGACUUUGACCACAGCCAUCUUUAGGCCAAUAUGAAGGCCAUUCUACAUUGGUGACAUCGCAAGUCACAAACUUGUUGCUUCAGUCAAUCCGAUAUUCAAUUUUAAAGUCGCAUGACAGAUUUUUUGUCCAUUUUUUGGAUCUCGAAUUUCAAACUUUUUUUUAUACCAA